GAUCCAAACUUGAACGUCUGUCCUGACUAUGCUUCUGAUGACUUCGUCAACACACAAGCUCAGCUCAUUAAUGAGGACAUUGCUGAAGAACAGGCAGUUCAGCUGCUUAAGAACAUUUGGCAGGCUAGCAACAACACUGAGAAACGCCUGUGGCAACAGCAAGUAAAUGACAACAAAGAGGAACAAGCUCACCAUGAUCAUCUAGAAGAGGAUGAAGAGGAACACCUAAAGCAAGAACACUUAGCAGAAGAGGAAGAGGCCCACAAGGAAGAACAGAAGAAAAAAAAGCACAAGUACACUCCAAUCCAGAACACAGGCAUCCUGGAUGAUCCAGCCAUCACACUGUGUUCCUACGCUCUUCGCAAGUUAGACAAAGGAGAGUAUGUAGAAAUGUGGUACUUCACUAAUGAUGGACUUGAUGAAGCAGCUGUUAAGAAGACAAUGGAUGAUGAUGCCAUGGUUCUGUCUACCCUCACAGACAGUUUGACAGCAUGGGUCUCUGCAGCGUCAAUGUGCAAUGCGUGUUCCAUCAUCAAUGAUAAGAACCUGCCAUUCGAGGAUUUCUGUCAGGCCUGCCCACAUUUCCUAACUGUGCUACUAGAAACGGAUUGGCCGCAAGAUAGAAUCAAAAUGAUGGCACUCUUUUGGAGGAACUUACAAGUUCACAAGUAUCAUUAUUUGUGA